AUGUCACCGGCAAUGUCCACCCAGCCACGCCGUUUCCAUUGGCUUGUAGGGAUGACUGCUGUUCUCUAUACCCUCUCUGGCUCAGUUACUGUCGAAGCCGCUCCGGCAUUCGCUACUUUUUCAAACAAGCUGCUCACCCGCGACCCAGUUAAUACCGAUCUGCAUCUAGGACCGCUUCCCCAAAUAUCACGCGAGGGAUUCCGUGCUGAUGACCCCGCUGGGGCUCUUGGCAACGAAGGCCGAGGCGCUCCCACCGAGUUGAAUCUGAUGGACCGUUCCCGAGACGCGGCCACGGACUUGAGCCUUGCACCUCCGACACCGGAGCCGCGGCCUCCAGCGUCGGUCCCGUUGGACUUGGACCUUCGACUGGCCUUGGGUACGAACGCGCCUGAGACCCCAGCUGGUGCACCGGGAAAAACCGAAGGGACUGACAGCCACCUUCCAGACGCGGAGGAAAGCUCUUCAGCCGCACCAGCCGAGAUCCGUGUCACCAGAGAACAAUACAGCCCGGGUGCUAUGAAUUUUGGUCAACAGGCGAGGCAUCCCCGAUUGGAUCAAGGAAUCAACAAACCUAGGUUGACCUUCGAGCCUCAAGACCCGGCAAUAGCACUUGAGGCACAAUCACGACUUCUGGCCGCUCACGAUCAACCUUCAAGCCAUAAGGCAGACCCCUUACUGCGAUCAGCGAUGCUCCAAAGGAUUUCCCGAACGCUAAGUCAGGAUCCGUCUCAUAAUAGGCGCCCAGUACGUGCCGUAGCCUACAAUCCCGAAAACAACCCAACUUAUUAUGAUCAACCCAUCCAUCCCGAUACCCUGGUUGCUGGAAGCUCACAGAUCUUCAGGUCAAACUCUUUGGUGUCCCAACCAAAUGUAUAUGUGAACGCCCCCGGAUCCAGCCAGCUUGGGAGCCCGUUUGCAAGAGAGCAGAUGAGAAUGUUAGGAGGGACCCCGACCCACUUGCCCGAGGGUCAGACCAGUAAUUCCAAACGGGUGAUCGAGAGGCUCACUGAGCUCAACUUGCCCAGUAAACGCCGGCGGAAAAGCUCUGAAGCCACUUCAAAUUCUCCUGGUACCAACAAUGCUGCGGGAUCGAACAAUAUGUGGGGCAAGUUUCUAUUCGGGCAGCCGAGAGAUUCAGGAAUGAACCCGACUCACUUAUCCCAGGGCCAGCCCAGCAACUCCAAGCGGGUUCUCCAGGAGCCGACUCAGCCUAACUUAGCCAGGGAACGCGAUCAGACAAGCCUUGAAUCUACUUCAAAUGUUCCCAGUUCCAAUCGCCGUCUCGCAUCUGACACUGCGGAUCAUCUCCGUCACAAUCUUCAAAAUCCUCGGUAUCGUGCCGAUGUUAGUUCCAGACGUUACAUACGGCCCGGUGACGAGUCUUUUGCAGUUUUAAACUCAGGACCUACACCCACUGUGUCUCGUCAUAGUCCCACUGGCCCCAACUUAAUCAGGCAACACCAGCAGACAAGUCGUGAAACUACUUCAAAUUUCCCCGUUUUCAAUGGUGGUCUCACGCCCCAAUUUGUGCAACAUCUCGAUUCCAAUCCUCCCAAUACUUGGCAUCGUCACAUUUUCAACCCGCCACAUUUUCAAGCCAAUCCAUGGCUCAAAAAUAUUUUCAUGCACCAAUUCGCACCCAAUACUCAGCCUCAUACCAAUCCCGGUCCUUAA